AUGUGCGCGGCGGGGGGGGCCCUGAUGGGGGGCUACGAGGGCGGGUCGGGGGGCCGGGGCGUGCCGUCGGCCGGCUGGCGCCUGUGCCUGGCCCACCGCUUCGCCGAGAAGAGGCAGCCCUUCCGCGCCGGCGACGUCUCCACGGCCAACGUCUUCAAGCACCUCGGCCUGGCCGUGCGGUACUUCAGGUGGUGGUACCGCAAGACGCGCGUGGAGAAGCGGCGCCCCGUCAUCGACCCCUUCAACCCGGAGCCCCUGCGCCAGAUCUACGGCUGCCCGCUGGGGGGUUUCGGGGGCGGCACCAUCACCCGCGGCUGGCAGGGCCACUUCUGCCGCUGGCAGCUGAACCCGGGCCUCUACCACUACCAGGCGGUGGUGGCCGACCAGUUCACAGUCUGCCUGCGCCGGAAGGGCCGGACGGUGUACCAGCAGGUGCUGUCGGUGGAGCGCCCGGGCAGCCUGCAGGGCUGGAACUGGGGCUUCUGCGGCCACUACGCCUUCUACCAUGCCCUCUACCCGCGGGCCUGGACCGUCUACCAGCUGCCCGGGCAGGACGUGGUGCUGACGUGCCGGCAGGUUGCCCCCAUCAUCCCUCACGACUACCGGGAUACCAGCCUGCCUGUGGGGGCCUUUGUCUGGGAGGUGGAGAAUAACAGUAAUGAGGACCUGGACAUCUCCAUCAUGUUCACCUUUCGGAACGGCAUGGAAACCAAGGAGGACUGGGCCGGGGGCCACUGGAACGAGCCCUUCAGCCUGGAGAGAGACGGCCACUGCGUCCAGGGGGUGCUGCUGCAUCACUGCCUCCCGGUCAACUCCUACACUCUGGCGAUCUCCGCCCGGGAGAAGGUGGGCACCACAGUUACCCACUUGACAACGUUCAACCCUACUGGCACUGGGCAAGAAGUGUGGGAUGACCUCCUGGCAGAUGGCAAGCUGGCAUCUCCGCCAGGGAAAAGCAAGCCUACAGAGAAGGGGACGGCUUGUGCAGCAGCCGUGUGUGCCAGCUGCACGGUGCCAGCGCACGGGCAAGGGAAGCUGGAGUUUGGCUUGGCCUGGGACAUGCCUCUCGUUCGCUUUGGAUCCAAAGAGCGGGAGCACCACAGGCGGUACACGCAGUUCUUCGGCAGCGACGGGGAGGCCGGGCCGGCCCUCUCCCACUACCUGCUCACACACUAUGAGGAGUGGGAAGAGAAGAUUGAGGCCUGGCAGAGACCCAUCUUGGAGGACAGCGAGCUGCCCCCAUGGUACAAGUCCGCCCUCUUCAACGAGCUGUACUUCCUGGCCGACGGAGGGACCGUGUGGCUGCAGCUGCUGCCGGAGGACGCAGCCUCCCUGGCCACCCGGCCAGGCCUCUCCCAGUACCUUCCCCUCCUGAGCGAGUAUGGCAGGUUUGCCUACCUGGAAGGUCAGGAAUACCGGAUGUACAACACUUACGAUGUCCACUUCUACGCCUCCUUUGCCCUGGCCAUGCUGUGGCCCAAGCUGGAACUCAGCCUGCAGUACGACAUGGCCGCUGCCGUGCAGGACGAGGACCCCCAGCCACGGAUGUACCUGAUGCACGGGCAGAUGGCCCAGGUCAAGCUGGGCAACAUGGUGCCUCAUGACAUCGGAGAUCCGGAUGAUGAGCCGUGGCAGCGAGUGAACGCCUACCUCAUCCACGACACGGCGGACUGGAAGGAUUUGAACCUGAAGUUUGUGCUGCAGGUCUUUCGGAACUACCACCUCAUGCAGGACUCGGCCUACCUGCGGGACAUGUGGCCCAUCUGCCAGGCUGUGAUGGAGUCAGAGCUCCGGUUUGACACGGACGGGGAUGGUCUGAUCGAGAACUCCGGCUUUGCUGACCAGACGUAUGAUGGCUGGGUGGCGACGGGCGCCAGUGCCUACUGUGGCGGCCUGUGGCUGGCUGCCGUCUGCAUGAUGUGUCGGAUGGCUGAGGUCCUGGGCGAGGGAGAGGUCCGGCAGAAGUACGCGGCCAUCCUGGCCAGGGGCACCGAGGCCUUUGAACGGCUGCUCUGGAAUGGGAAAUACUACAACUACGACAGCAGCCAGCGGGCCUCCUCCAGCAGUGUCAUGUCGGAUCAGCUGGCCGGGCAGUGGUUCCUCCGGGCAAGCGGCCUGGGCGAGGGGACGACCGAGGUUUUCCCCCGGGACCAUGUGCUGAGUGCUCUGAAGACCAUCUUUGAGAUGAACGUCAUGGGCUUCUCGCAAGGGACUAUGGGCGCGGUGAACGGCAUGCGUCCUUCCGGGGUGCCGGACACCUCCAGCGUGCAGUCCGACGAAGUGUGGGUCGGGGUGGUGUAUGCGCUGGCCGCCACCAUGAUCCAGGAGGGCCUGGUGGAGGAGGGCUUCCGCACAGCCGAGGGCUGCUACCGCACCGUCUGGGAGCAGCUGGGCAUGGCCUUCCAGACGCCCGAGGCCUACUGCCAGAAGAAGCUCUUCCGCUCCCUGGCCUACAUGCGUCCCCUCAGCAUCUGGAGCAUGCAGCUGGCUUUGGAGCGCAGGGCUGCGCAGGGGGCCCCUGCCCCGCUCAACUCCGCCGGCUCCUGA